AAAAAGCAACUCGAGUCCCAUCACUAGUAGUACUUAUUAAUUCCAUGGUACAGACAGUAUCAUACUCUUUGGUUUGACAUAAAAAUAAGUAUAACUUGCCCAAGUUAGAGUUUUCUCCUUGAAGAUGUCUUCACCACGCCCAAAAUCUCCCAGAACUCCCGUUUUGCCAAAAAAGGAAGAUAAGGAAGAAUCUUUUUGGGACAAAAUCGGCACUAUUGGCCGCAAGAAGCGCAUAAAGGAAGUACAAGAUGUUCAAGCUGAAGGGAAGUAUGCAAUCGAUUCACCAGGGAGCCCAACAGCUCCGGAAAUUCCUCCCGAGGAGUACAGCCUUCUUGAUAACGAAGAGAGAGCCAUUAUUGAACCUAGAUCUUUGGAAGAUCCUAGGGUCAAGGAAUUGAUACAAGUACUAAUAGAUUGGAUCAAUGAUGAGCUUGCUAUGCAAAGGAUUAUCGUCAAGGAUAUAAGUGAAGAUCUUUAUGAUGGACAAGUUUUACAAAAGCUACUUGAAAAGUUGACGGAAACAAAGUUAGAUGUACCCGAAGUGACGCAAUCUGAAGAGGGUCAACGUCAGAAGUUGGCCAUUGUCUUGAGAGCUGUGAAUAAGGUGCUCUUUGGAACACCAAAGCCUGCCCAAAAAUGGAGUGUAGACUCUGUUCACUCAAAGAAUGUGGUGUCAAUUUUGCAUCUGUUAGUUGCUUUGGCACGUCAUUUCCGUGCACCUGUGCGGCUGCCAGAGAAUGUCAGUGUUAAUGUUGUGGUUGUGAAGAAAGAUGCACCUAAUCAACUAUCUCACAGGACAUAUAUAGAGGAUAUAACCACUACUUAUGAUGAUUUGGGUAUGAAGUGUGAAAGAGAUGCAUUUGAUGCACUGUUUGAUCAUGCCCCAGACAAGUUGCAAGUUGUUAAGAAGUCUCUGAUAACAUUUGUUAAUAAACAUCUGAGUAAAGUGAAUUUAGAAGUGGUCGACUUGGACAGCCAGUUCCAUGAUGGUGUAUUCUUGUGCCUGCUGAUGGGUCUACUUGAAGGUUUCUUUGUGCCGUUAUAUGACUUCCACUUGACUCCGCAGGACUUUGAUCAAAAAGUCCACAAUGUAUCUUUUGCCUUUGAGCUGAUGCAGGAUGUAGGACUGGCAAAGCCAAAAGCCCGACCUGAAGAUAUCGUGAAUCUCGACCUCAAAUCAACACUGCGGGUUCUUUACAAUCUAUUCACUAAAUAUAAAAAUAUGGCGUAACCAUCACCUUAAAAAAUUUGAUUAUUUAAUGAACUAACAAUCUUAUAAUUUUAUUAAAAUAACUAAUUUAAAGAGAAAUUCAAAUUUAAUUGAUAUAUUCAUUUUCUAAUUUGAAUAUAUUCGUAACAUAUAAACGUUUUAAUGUAAUGAAAUAAUAAUGUUUUAUAACUUGGUUUCUACAGUCAACAAUCUGUUACAAAUUAUUUCAGUUGAUAUACAGUGGAAACGAACUCUAAAAGCUAUACAUCACAGAAAAAACAUAUUUUAACAUUAACAUAAUUGUGUGCUUGCUUUUAAUAAAAAAAUUUAAUAUAUGUUUACUA